CCGCUGCGAAGAAGCUGCAGGGAGGCGUCUUUCCAAAGCAUAUUUGCAGCUUUCAAAUAUAAAGACCACUGUGGCAACAAAGGAAAGACUAUGACUGCUGGUUCAGUGUGUGUCCCUCAGAUCAUACCACUGCGGGUGCCUCAGCCUGGAAAAGCUAACCAUGAGAUUGAUAACAAUACUCUUUUGGAAAUGAAAUCUGACACCCCAGAUGUCAGCAUAUAUUACACCCUGGAUGGCAGCAAACCUGACUUUCUAAAGAGAAUUGGUUUUGGUGAAAAUAAUACAUUUAAGUAUAUAAAACCUAUUACACUGCCUGAUGGAAAAAUACAAGUUAAAGCUGUUGCUGUCUCUAAAGACUGUAGACAGAGUGGAAUUGUAACAAAGGUGUUUCAGGUAGACUAUGAACCACCAAAGAUAGUCUCUUCUGAAGAAAAGGUUGAAGAUGUUCUUAAAGAUUUUUCAAAGCAGGAGCUAAAAAAUGGUUCUGUUGGACCAAAAUUAAAGAAGAAGUAUAAGAAUGCUGGAAAUAAAUCAACUUGGAAUGCUAACCUUAGAAGGCUUGAAGACCUCAAGGUAGGUGAAAGAACUCUGAAAGAUCUUCGGUUCUCAGAGAGUCCACUGGAAAUCCCAGCCUACCAUGAAGAAACAGGUUCUAGACCUCUCACCCACCAGUCCCAGUCUCCUGGCUUUGCACACAUAACUGGCCAGAAGAGUCUGACAAGCACAGAGAUCAUGAGGAUUCAACGAGAGACAGACUACCUUAAAUGGGCUUGUGUGUAGAAUGUGAAAACAUGGUACCCAUGAACACCCCCAUCUGUGUGGUAUGUGAGGCUCCUCUUGCUCCACAGCUUAGGCCACAGGCCAGCCUCCACUUGAAGGAAAAGGUCAUUUGUCGCACCUGUGGCACGGGGAACCCUGCUCACCUUCGGUACUGUGUCACCUGUGAGGGGGCCCUGCCUUCAACACAAGAGUGGAUGUGCAAUGGACAUAAAGUCCCUCCUCCUCCCACUCAGAAGGGAGAAACCAUUUCCUGCUCCAGAUGCAGCCACCAGAAUCUCUGGAAGGCAUCCUUCUGUGACUGGUGUGGUGCCAUGCUUGGCAUUUCUGCUAGCCACUCUGUUUGCUCUAAAUGUGGGGCCAGCAAUCAUCUGUCUGCCCGAUUCUGUGGCUCCUGUGGCAUUUAUGUGAAGUCCAUGACGAGAUUCAGUGUGGACAGCAGCUUGGCUCUAGUUGCUGGGGGACCUCGCCCAUUUUCUGAGCCCCAAUCUGCCUGGCAGUCCCUGAAUGUUCCUUUGCCCACAUCUGGUGCAGGGACUAAGAAAGACAUAGGCACACAGACUGCUGGCCUGUUCUACCCAUCCAGCAAACUCCUUGCAAAAAAGGAAUUGGAGGUGGCUUCUCACAAGCAGAGGCAGGAGAAGAUGAGCGACCACAGGCCCCUCCUCACAGCCAUCAGCCCUGGAAGAGGCUACUGGAGAAAACAGGUAGAUCACAUCUCUGCUCACCUCAGGUCCUAUGCUCAGAACAACCCUGAAUUCCGGGCCUUGAUUGCAGAACCCAGAAUGGGAAAGCUUAUCUCUGCUACUGUCCAUGAAGAUGGCUAUGAAGUUAGCAUCAGACUGAAUUAUAGUCAAGUUUCAAACAAGAACCUGUACCUCCAAAAGUCAGUGAAUCUCAGUGACCACUUUCUCAGCAAUGUCAUUGAAGGUGGGAAUGGGCUGUAUGGCAGCAGGUCCAGCUUGGUGAGUGACUACAGCUGGAGCACCUCAGAUACCCCUGAAAGAGUCAAGAUGAGGAAUGUCAAGACCAAAAACUUUCACAGAUGGAAAGAGCAGCUUACACCUGAAAAUAGACUCCUGCUGGAGGAAGUUGGCCCCACAGGGAAAGGAAGACUGUCUGUGCUGGAACAGCUGCUGGAUGAAGGAGCAGACCCCAACUGCAGUGAUAGUCAAGGUCGACCUGCUGUUAUUGUGGCUGUUGUGAAUAAGCACCAUGAAGCCAUUCCAAUUCUUGCUCAAGGAGGAGCAGACAUCGACCAGCAGUGGGGACCGUUCAGAAAUACAGCUCUUCACGAAGCAACUCUGCUUGGCCUGGAAGGAAAGGAGAGCAUCGCCGUGAUACUGGGGUAUGUCCAGGACCUCUGCUAGAGGUGCACAGUGACAUCUCUGCUGACCUGUGAUGAUUUAGAGGAGCCCUAGUUUCUGAGCUGUGAUCUCUAUGAAUGGUGUCCCACCACAUCCCCUGGGGCACUCAGAUCUUUUCAAAGCACAAUGAACAUUGCCCUCAUUUAGCUUGGUUAACCGGCUUUGAUGCAAUUGGAACCAAUGACUGGGACAAGCAAUUGCAUAUUUCAAA